CAACUGCAGGACAGCAGAAAUAUAGAUGAUGCGGUAUAGGCUAGCUAGUGCUGCAUCCUUGCAGCCCCUACUGUCGACUUUUAGCUCUGGAUUAUUGGGAGCCAUUCCUUGCCAGAACAGCCGUGCGAGCUGACGGGAGGGGCGGGACAGAGGGCUACCUAACGAUCGGAGAGUAGCAGCCUGGGUAGCAGACCUCAUUUCUUUGGAGGUGUAGAUCGGCCAAACUCGACGACAAUCUUUCAGCUGAAUGGGUCAAACCCCGCUGUGCAUCCUUUAAAUGGGCUUUUUAGCGCGCCAUCCAUAGCAAGUCCUAUUUUCUAGUUAAAAGAACUGAAGAGAAAGAAAGCAGGUUUAAGGGGGAUAAUCCGAGUGAGAUAAUUUAGCUUUUUUUCAUCAAUCAAAUGAUUCAGACUGGCAAGUAAACAAGGACAAACUGCAUGCGUAACUGUUUAGGGGAGACUCAAGGAACGAUAAAACAGCUGGUCAUGAUGACUGAGAAAGAAUCGGCAACAGACAACAUAAUAGCAGAUGCAAUGGCAACUCCCUCUCCAGCAAAGAGCAUGGGUGACCCUGGCAUCACCCCACUGUCACCCUCACACAUUCAGCAAAAUGACACGGACUCGAAUGCCCACACAGGACCUUCGUUCAUCGUGGUGGUUGCUGUCGACUUUGGCACCACUUCCAGCGGCUACGCUUACGCCUUCACUAAGGAGCCCGAAUGCAUUCACACCAUGAGACGCUGGGAGGGCGGCGACCCUGGAGUAUCCAAUCAGAAGACGCCUACCACCAUCCUCCUGACCCCGGACAGGAAGUUCCAUAGUUUCGGCUACGCAGCACGUGAUUUUUACCAUGACCUGGAUCCUACCGAGUCCAAGCACUGGCUCUACCUGGAGAAGUUCAAAAUGAAACUCCACACCACUGCGAAUCUCUCCAUAGACACAGAACUCCAUGCAGCCAAUGGGAAGAGAGUAAAAGCUAUUGAUAUUUUUGCAUACGCUCUGGCGUUCUUCAAGGAGCAAGCACUUAAGGAGUUAAGUGACCAGGCGGGUGCAGAGUUUGACAACAUAAACAUCAGAUGGGUCAUCACAGUGCCAGCCAUCUGGAAAAUGCCAGCCAAGCAGUUCAUGAGGGAGGCAGCCUACAAGGCUGGUCUGGUUCCCCGUGACAACCCAGAGCAGCUGAUCAUCGCCCUUGAGCCUGAGGCAGCCUCCAUCUACUGCCGCAAGCUCCGCCUCCACCAGAUGAUUGACGUUGGUACCAAGACCACCCAGAAUGGUUUCAGCCCCACUGAGAAUGUGGGGGCAGGGAUGACCCAGGCCAAGGAGCAUGUCCGGAGCAAACGGCAGAGCCGCACCUUUUUGGUGGAAAAUGUCAUAGGGGAGCUUUGGUCGGAGCUGGAAGAAGGUGACCGCUAUGUGGUGGUUGACUGUGGUGGCGGAACGGUUGACCUCACGGUCCAUCAGAUACAGCUCCCCGAGGGACAUCUCAAGGAGCUCUAUAAGGCCUCAGGCGGUCCUUAUGGCUCCAUUGGCAUUGACUAUGAGUUUGAGAAGCUCCUGUGUAAGAUCUUUGGGCCCGACUUCAUCGACCAGUUUAAGAUUAAGCGGCCGGCUGCCUGGGUGGAUCUGAUGAUCGCGUUUGAGUCCAGGAAACGGGCGGCGGCCCCGGACAGGACGAACCCCCUGAACAUCAACCUGCCCUUCUCGUUCAUCGACUACUACAAGAAGUUCAGAGGUCACAGUGUGGAACAUGCCCUGCGCAAGAGCAAUGUGGAUUUUGUGAAGUGGUCCUCCCAGGGCAUGCUGAGAAUGAACCCUGAUGCCAUGAAUGCCCUCUUCAAGCCCACAAUAGACCACAUCAUUCAGCACCUCACUGACCUCUUUGAUAAGCCGGAGGUGUGUGACAUCAAGUUCCUGUUCCUGGUGGGCGGCUUCGCUGAGUCGCCGCUGCUGCAGCAGGCGGUGCAGAACAUGCUGCAUGGCCGCAGUCGCAUCAUCAUCCCCCACGACGUGGGCCUCACCAUCCUCAAGGGGGCCGUCCUCUUUGGCCUAGACCCCAGCGUCAUCAAGGUGCGCCGCUCGCCCCUCACCUACGGCGUGGGCGUCCUCAACCGCUACAUAGAGGGCAAGCACCCACCUGACAAGAUGCUGGUGAAGGACGGUAAGCGCUGGUGCACCGAUGUCUUCGACACCUUCAUUGCGUGCGACCAGUCCGUGGCCCUGGGCGAGACGGUGAAGCGCAGCUACACGCCCGCCAAGCCCAGCCAGCAGGUCAUCAUCAUCCACAUCUACUGCUCGGAGAAGGAGGGCGUGGGCUUCAUUAGCGAGCCGGGUGUGAGGAAGUGCGGCACGCUGCGGCUGGAUGUGACCGGUACGGAAACCAGCGCCACACGCCGUGAGAUCCAGACGCACAUGCAGUUCGGAGACACGGAGAUCCGGGCCAUGGCGGUGGACGUGGCCACCUCGCGUACUGUCAAGGCUAGCAUCGAUUUCCUCGCUCAGUAAAUAGGGUGACAGAACCAGAGGGUCAAAAGGUCAUAGGAAGUGAAACCUCCAGCAGCACAGCACACAAUGAACCAGGGGACAGUGGCUAGAAUGCUGUAGCAGUAUAUUGAUCUUUAGGCCUGUUCAAAUUCCCUGUAGCAUGAUAAGUGCUAGUUUGUUUCUGCUUUAGCUAACUCCUUGGUCAGAAACAAACAAGCACUCGGGUUUUCUACCAUCUGUGUAUGUACUGUGAGUAGUCUUAAAUGCAGGCUAUAUUGAUGUGCUCUGCUCUAGAGAUUUACACAGAUUUGCAGAUUUUGCUACUGAUACAUGCAGCCUUGUUUCAGGUUCAUUGUGUGUUAUCUGUCGUUGUGUGCUGUAGCUGUUUUAGGUCAUGGUAGUGGAUACUGUAGUGGAUACUGUAGUACUCCUCUUACAGCGACAACAUCAUGCUAUGACACAAUGCUGCACAAACCUCAGUGUCCUCUUCAACCCUGGCUCAUGGGACCGUCUUUUCAUAACUCCUAUGAUUAUUAAGACAUUUAAAACCGAACCCCUGGGGCUUCCAUGAACAUGCAGUUAUAUACACUAGCAUUCAGAUACUUAACCUACUCAUCAGACCAGAGUUUUGAGUCAUGGUUGGAGACCACCUGAGAUGACGAGGGAAGGCAGUGGUUCUCCAACAAAAACACUCCAUUUGAUCAGUUUUCAACAGUAAAACGUUCCAGCAGGGGUGUCAAACUCAUUCCACAGAGGGCCGAGUGUCUGCAGGUUUUUGUUUUUUCCUUUCAAUUUAGACCUAGAUAACCAGGUGAGGGGAGUUCCUUACUAAUUAGUGACCUUGAUUAAUCAAUCAAGUACAAGGGUGGAGCGAAAUCCCGCAGACACUCGGCCCUCCGUUGAAUAAGUUUGACACGGAUAGCUUUCGAAUCUGUAUUUAUCUCUACUGUCUCCUGUGGUUAGGCCCAAGAUGUCAUAAAAAGGAGUUCUAUAACCAUACGAAAACAAACUUGGUGCAUUAGCUUUAAAAAUGUUUGGUCAAAUUUAGUCAGACAGUCUCCUAUACUGUCAACACUAUAUGUUUAAUGGUUUAUUGUGUACUGCGAACAAAUCUAUGUGUUAGAAAUAUAGAGAGACUAACAGCCACCUGUUUAGACACCAGGCUUGAUUGUCAAGACAUUAAUUUCUCACAAACAACGUAAAAAUCCACCUCACUGGUUAAUAUGUUGCGCUGAUCCACAGCCAAAUAUAAAUCCUUGAAUGUGAAAAGUGGCAGAGUUGACAAUGCUGCUAGCUGAACCUGCAAACUGAUUUGAAUAUAACCAUUGCCAUGUGCUUUGUUGUCGCCUUCAUUUGUUAUGCUUAUGAUUCAACGGAGGACAAAAAGCCACUGAAUUUCCUUUUUGAAUAUUUCAAAUGAGGAGAUUUCUGUACAAGUGCAGGCCCUUAAAAAGGAAAGAUUACAUUUGAAAAUAUGUUUAUUUCUGUAAAUACAGUAUUUAAAUAUUGUACAGAUUUUCAGCGUUAUUAUUUUAGCAGCUUCAGAACAGAGAGUGUGUGCUUUCACGCAGACACCUUAUUUCAUUAUUCUCACCAGCCAUGCAUGGCAUGUGUCAAGGCAGAAUUUGAAUGGCAUAUUCAUCGACAAUGAGUGAAAGUGAACGUUGCCUGUGUGUUGCUUUGGGAUUGAAAAAAGAAACUUGAAUACCUUUGCCCUUAAAACAUGACCGGUUAUUGUUAUGGAACAUGGAGUUUCUUUGGGUUGGGAAAAUCCUUUAAAAAAUGUUUUUAUUAUUAAAUGUUUUUAUUGUUAUUGGUAAGACAGGUACACAUGGACAAGAAACAAGUGACAAGACCAAACAGGACAAAGAUUUCCCCUCCCACCCCCUCCCACAGAACUUCCCUAACCCAUAGUUUGAUUAGUGAUUCACAGUAGCAGUCUACAGAGUCAUGUGCUGAUGAAAGAGCAAUUACGUUUCUUUCACUACUGAUGUAGGAUCUUAAUUUGAUCCCUCUUUUGUUGAUGAGAAUUUCCUGCACAGCAGGAAGUGCAAACUUCUAGUAUAUUCAAGGUUUAAAAAGGCUUCUAAAGUUUGUAAUUUCCACUUUAACAUUUCAGACUCGAUUUGCCCUAACUUAAAAUGUGUCAUACCCUACAAAAAAUGGUCGUUAAUUAUAAUCCACAUAAUAAUUCACAUUUCCUGUUGCUGCUGGAUUAUUUGACAAAUCGACUCAAAUUAAGAUCAUAUAUCUGCAGCCUCAUGCAUACGUGCUACAGAUAUUUCCAUGUGGGUAAAUCAUUUUGUUUGCUUUGUAACUGUCAAUUUGUAUUUAGUUUAGAUUACAUUUUUUAAAUUGGUUUGGUUUAUGAAAAACCUGUAUUCUGGUUUAUGAAAAACCUGUAUUCUACAGUCAAAUGAUCGAUAGUAAAUCUUUGUUGGCCCUUUCUAACGACAGUAAUUACCAAUUCAAAACUAUCCUUCAACCACCCACCCUGCAAAUAAUAUAAAGUGACAGUUCCAAAUCUCUGCCCUUCUCUCCCAAACAAUAGUAAUACAAGAGCAAUAACACCUUGCAAUUACAAGGUAUUGUUCCUUCCCACCAUUUAACACAACCAUUAAACAUUUUUGUGCUGUGCUUCCCUUUUAAAUUUGCUUCAAGGCUGCAGCUACUGGAAGCUGCGGUUCAAAGUAUUAUCCUCUAAAUCAAGUAUCGAUGGAAGGAAGGAAACAACAAAAUAAAAACAACUUGAUUUUUAAAGAUUGUGAAAAUCUAUAACCUUGUUCAAUGAAAAAUAAAGAUACAACUAAUAGCUUUUCACUCUGGGAAAAAAGUUUAUGGCCCAUUCAAUAAUCUACACAAAUGAAUGCCUAACUUAAGAUGAGAUGUCCGAACUAUUCACCAUAUAGAUACAAUUCAUGUCUCUAGUCUUGAUUCAAGACAGAGGUAGUCUAUUACUCACUAGUAACUAAUGGUCACAUUGGAUUUGAAUUUAUUCUGUUUCCUACAAUAGCUGCAGUUCGUAGAUGUAACAAGUUAUAGCGCAGACGAUGCAGGAUAACCUUACUUGAAGGUUUAUGGUCUUUCUUCAGUGUUCCUCUAUGAGAACCCUACACUAAGGGGUUUAAAACUCGUUUAAAUGAGAUCUUCACGGAAAAACUCUGAAUUUAGGUUGGGCUCCGUUGAUUUGUUGAUGUGAAAAAGUGCACAAGCUUUGAUCUACGAUGCUGCCUAUGGCACUCUCCUGCAAUGCACGUUUUGCAUGAGUAACUCUUUACGAAUGGUGAGAAAACAUAAUUUCUAACAACACUUUUUUAGGUUUGAGGUUUAGGUGUGGUGAUAAUGUUACACCACCAUGUGUGGAGAAAAGUGUAGCCUUUUCAACUCCAGAUGCAAUGACAAAUGAACCAUUAACUGUGAAGGCAACGUUUGCACAUGUCCCAAUCACUCAUCUCACCCACUGUUAUCAGAGCAGAUCUGUCCAAUCUAUGGAAAGCCCUGAAGUGCUUUCUCCAUCCUAAUAACUAAUACCAUAUUAAUCUAUAUGUCAUGUUAAUCGAGCUGCACCUUCCCCAUCCCCACCAUUAUAUGGAGGUCACUGUAUGACUACUAAGUUGAAGGAAAUAAAAAUACAUCAUUUUGUUUCUUUAAUGUAUUUCUACUUUGAUAAAUACCAUGUAUUUUGUGCAGCCUCCAGUAUAUUGUAAUGCACAAGAUGCUGUAUGUAGCUGCUUUACUGUAUAUUCAAAGCUAUGUCAGAAUUGUAUGUUUAGCUAAAGUUUGCAUUGUAUUUAGUUUAUAAUGCAGAAGAAGAUGACAACUGGCACGCUAAAGAGAGUAAAUAUGUUGAAUUAUAUGGUAAUUUAUGAAUCUGGAGUUGAAUGGGUGGAUAGGCAAUUAAGGAGCAUAAUUGUAGCUAGCUUUUGCAUACCAAAAUAGAAAGUGCUUAACUCUUAAUCUAGAUUUUACAAUAUUACAGUACAUACAAGUUCACUGCUACUUGAUUCUGUGCUUGUUGUAGAACAAGUGACUUCACUAUUCUGCCAAAUUUGACACUCUUACUUAAUGUUUCACAAAUCACACAUUUUUUUUCAGUUUAUCUUUGGGUUGACGCACAUGUGAUUUUUCUACUGUUGAGUUACAAGUCUCCUGCUCUCACCAUUUUAACUCAAAUGUGUUGUAUCCACAGCCAAACUGUCAUCCAAUAAAAUGUAUGUGUAUUUCAAAGAA